AUGUAUCGUGCAUUGCUAAAACUUCAUAUUCAUCUUAAAAAUCGUGUACUUGAUUUAUCGUAUGCAUAUGGAUUUUUUGUUGCUGAUCAUUCACUUUAUAUUAUACUAAUUUGUUUUGGUAUAUUUCUUCUUAGUUUAUUUCAAAUAACUACUAAUGUUCCACCACCUGGUAGUACAUUAGAAAUUUUUGCUGAAUCAUCUAGAUCAUUUCGACCUGUUCGUGCUCGAUUAGAAUUAAAUACAAGUGAUCAAUUACAUGACAAACAACCAGAUAAACCAUUAUGGUAUUCUGGUUAUCCACUUGCCUAUGUUCAACAUAUUGUUGUACGAUGUUCAAUAUUAACAUCUCGUUCAUCAUGUUUUUUACGUGCACGUGAUAUUCGUGAUCGUCUUUUUUCUGAUCCACAAUUUGAUAUAAAUUGUUUACGAGUUGGUGAACCAAUAAAUGUACAACAAAUGAUAUCAUAUUUACCAUCAUUUGGUUGUCUUAUUCUUUCACCAUUAAAUCUUUGGUCAAAUGAUAUAUCAAAUAUAAAAAAUAAUGAACAUGAAAUUCUUGAAUCAAUAUCAUCAUUAUCAAAACGUUAUGUUGAUAUUAUAUUUGGUAUUCCACAAAAAUAUUUUUCAUCAAAUAAACCAUUAACAUAUGCAAUAACACUUAUGUUAAAUAAUGCAUCAAAUGAAUAUCGACAAGAUUUAAAAAAACGUUUAUUUGCUUUAGAUGAAUCAAAACAACAACAACAACAACAAGAUGAUAUAAUACAUAUUUAUUUUUCAAGAAAAUCUCUUCUUUAUUAUUUACCAUUGAUACUUAUUUAUAUUGUUGUUUUUCUUUAUAUUUAUUAUUCAGUUAGUCAAUUCGAAUGUGUAAAAUCAAAAUGGGGUCUUGCAUUAGCAGCAACAGUACAAAUUGUUGUUUCUUUAUUAAUAUCAUUAGCAUUAUCAUCAUUAUUUCAUAUGACACCACGUCUUGAUGGUGGUGAAGUAUUUCCAUAUUUAGUUAUAUUUAUUGGUUUAGAAAAUUUAGUUGUAUUAACACGUGCUGUUACAUCAUCACAAGCACAAAAACAAUAUGAUGAUAUACGUGAACGUGUUGCACAUGCACUUCGUGCUGAAUCAUGGACAAUAUCAAAACAUUUAGUUUAUGAAUUAAUUAUUGUUAUGAUUGGUUUUAUAACAUAUGUUCCAACAGUUCGAGAAUUUUGUCAAUUAGCAUUAAUUGGAAUUUUAAUUGAUUUUUUCAUGCAAAUUAAUUUUUGGUUAGCAGUUUUAAGUAUUGAUAUACGAAGAUUUACAGUUGGUGUUGGAAAAAAGAAAAAUAGAAAUUUAGAACAAGAAAAAAAAGAACUUAAAGUAUCAUUACCUAUGAAAAUGCCUUAUUUAAUAAAUAAACGACAACAACAACAACAACAACAAUCUCAAUGGGCUCGUUAUAGAGUUUUACAACGAGGAAGUAUGUUUAUUGUACUUAUUUGGGUUAUUCUUAUUUUUUAUAAAUCAUGUUUAAUUGUUGAUUUACUUCAUAAAAAUGUACAAAUAAAUCGAGAACAAAUUAAAGAUUUUGUUCCAGAAAAAAUGCUUAAUGAACAUUAUGGUUCAUCAUUUGCUAAUCAAUAUGAUUCACAUCAUAAUGUCGACGAUCAAAUUAUGAAUAAUAUAUCUUUAUCGAAUUAUGAAUGGCAAACACUUUUAUCAUAUGAUCAUUGGUCAACAUUAUUUUCUUUUUAUAAUAUUUCAUAUGAUAAUCGUUAUUUAACUAUAAUGCCAUCAAUUUAUUUACCAAUUAUUUCUUCUGAAGAUCAAAAAUUAGAUAUGACAACAAAAGCUUCGUAUUAUAAAACAUCACAUCGGCCUUUAAUUGAUGCAACAAUAACAAGUACAAGUAAUUUAUUGAUUGAUCGUCGAUUUUCAACAGCACUUUGGGAACUUCUUUUUAUUGUUUUAUUCGGUUUAACAUUAUUUACUAUUGUUUAUUUUUGGUUUUUUUCAUCAUCAUUUUCAUUGAAUUCAAAUCAUAAUCGAAUAUUAUCUUAUAUAAAAAGUGAUUAUUCAAUUGUUCCAACAAUAUUAAUACCUUCAUCAUCAACAUUAUUAAUUGAAUCGAUAUGUAUACAUGAAAGUGGUACAGUUGUUAGUGUAGCAUAUUCAGAUGGUUCAAUUUGUAUGUGGAAUCCUCAAACAGGUGAUAUUAUUUUUACACAACAAAGAUAUUCAAUAAUAUCAAAUGAAAAAGUCAUCAAUCAUGUUUGGUGUUCAUUAAUGAUCGAUGAAUAUCGAUGUUUAUUUGGUUGUUCAAAUGGUCAAAUAGAAAUUUAUCCAUAUAAUUCAUUAUCAAAAAAUUUAAUAUUAUGUCAUAAUGAUCUUGGUGGUAUAACACAUCUUAUACGAGCAUCAUCAAUAUUAAUUAUAAGUACAACACGUCGUGGUUAUUUAAUUGCAUUUGAAUAUAUAAAUGGUUUAAUAAAACAAAUUUAUAUUAAAAGAUUACAUCAAUGGCCAAUACGUGUUUGUCGAAUUGAUUUUAAUUCUUCACUUUUAUUUACUGGUAGUGAUGAUCAUUCAAUUAAAAUUAUAAAUGUUUUAAAUGGUUCAUGUUUACAUACUUUACAAAAACAUCAAUCACCUAUUAAUUGUCUUGCACUUGAUCCAUAUCAUCCAACAACAUUGGUAAGUGGUUGUUUUAAUGGUACAUUGUGUAUUUGGAAAGGAAAUGAUCUUAUUCAAACAAAUAUAAAUGCACAUCCAUCAUCAAUAAUAAUUGAUUUAAAUUUUUGUGGUCAUUCAUCAAAUAUAAUAAGUCUUGGUACAGAUAAACGUUUAUGUAUAUGGACAUAUUUAAAUUUACAACUUAUUUAUGAAUUAAAUGAUAUAACAUCAAAUUGUUUUACAAUACAUCGUACAAAUUAUUUAUUUUAUACAAAAUUAAAUUCUCUAUUUAUAUAUGAUAUAUUUAAUCAAAGAAAAAUAUCAACAAAACAAUUUAUAAUUCCAUUUUUAAAUGAUAUUAAUCGUGAUGAAAAUGAAAUGAAUAUUGAAAAAUUAAUUUAUUCAUCACAAACAGAAACAUUAAUAUUACAAAAUUCGGAUAUUAUUUAUGCAAUGUACUUACCACAACGUGUUUUUGUAGACCGACACGGUCAUGACGAUGGCAACUAUCAAAGUUUGUCGUCAUUGAUAUUUCAUCGACCAACAACAUCAAAUCUUCUGACAUAUUUACAACAAAAAGAUCAAGCAAUCACUCCUCAUUUAACAGAUAAUCAUUUGAAGUCAUCAAAUGUCGCUGUAACUGGAAUAUCAUCAUCAUCAUCGUGUUCAUCAUAUCCAAAACAAAUAUCAUCCUCAUCUCCAAUUCCAUUUCAACCAUAUCUUACAACUCCAUAUCAAAUACAAAAUACACCACCUUAUUCAUCAUCAAUGUCAAAUUCAACAAAUAUAACUCAAAUAUCAACACCUCGUAAACGUAAACAACCAAUGAAUGAUACAUCAUCAUUUCUUACACCUUCAAUACCAGCGAAACGAUCAACUCCUUUAACAAUGUUUUUUCCAAAAGUUACACCGUUCGACGGUUCAGUUGUGAUGUUUCUUAACAAUAGUAAAAUAACUCAAACUGAUCCUUCAUUCUCAAUGUUUACAUCUAGUCAUCAUCAUCAUCAUCAUCAUCUUGAUAUUGAACAACAAAAAUUAACAGCUGAAAUCGAUGAAUUACGUCGUACAAAAUUAGAUACUCAACGUGAAUAUGAAUCAACUGUUGAAACAGUAAAACGUUGUCUUGUUAUGACACGUUCAUUACUUAUUGAAAAAUCUCAAUUAGAAAAAAAAGAAGCACGUGAAAAAUCCAUGGAAAAUCGUUUACGUCUUGGUCAAUUUGUUACACAACGGCAAGGUACAUCAUUUGUUGAACAAUGGGUUGAUGGUUAUGAUUUUUUGGAUAAACAACGUGCACAAGAACAAUUAGCUCGUGCAAAAGAAAAUCUUGAUCGUGAACGAAAAAAUUUAACUAAAAAGAAAUCAUUUUUACAACAACAACAUCAAUUAAUGAUGGCAACUAUAGCAGAUGAGACAAUUACUCUUAAUAGUAGUUCGAAUUCUCAAGAUUUUAUUAAUCCGGUGUUCGUACCACCAACGAAAUCUUCUAAACGAACAAAUAAAACUCCAACUACCAAAACAUUGACUAGUCAACAAAAACUUCAACCAAAUGCAUCGUCAUCAUUCAUUGGACAUCAACAAAUUCAAGCACUUUCUGAUAAUUCAAAUGAUGGUCAUUAUCUAUAUUCUAGUGAUAAUAAUACACCUAUUGAUAGUGGCAAUUCAUCAUCAUCAUCAUCAUCUCUUAUUUCGAAUUCUUCAUCAUCAAUAAUGACAUUACAAGAUUGGUAUGAAUAUGAUGAAGUACUUCGUCUUCGACAAUUAACACUUAAACGUGAAGAAUGUGAUUUAGCACAAGAUUUAGAAAAACUUGAUCGUGAAAGAAAUGUUCAUAUAAGAGAAUUAAAACGUUUAUAUAAUGAAGAUCAUUCAAGAUUUAAUAAAAAUAAUAUACUUAAUGAACGAUAUUUAUUAUUAACAUUGAUUGGUAAAGGUGGUUUUAGUGAAGUACAUCGUGCAUUUGAUUUACGUGAACAACGUUAUGUUGCAUGUAAAAUUCAUCAGUUAAAUAAAGAAUGGAAAGAUGAAAAAAAAGUUAAUUAUAUUAAACAUGCUGUUAGAGAAUAUAAUAUACAUAAACAUUUAGAAAAUAAACGUAUUGUGAAAUUAUUUGAUGUAUUUGAAAUUGAUACUAAUUCAUUUUGUACAGUCUUGGAAUAUUGUGAUGGAAAUGAUUUAGAUUUUUUUCUUAAACAAAAUAAAACAAUUCCAGAAAAAGAAGCACGUUCAAUCAUUAUGCAAACAAUUAAUGCAUUGAAAUAUCUUAAUUCAGAAAUAAAACCACCUGUGAUUCAUUAUGAUUUAAAACCAGGGAAUGUUCUUUUGGGAAGAGGAAAUAAUAGUGGCGAAAUUAAAAUAACUGAUUUCGGUUUAUCUAAACAAAUGCAUGAAGAUAAAUUCGAUGCUGAUGAUGGAAUGGAUCUUACAUCUCAAGGUGCCGGUACUUAUUGGUAUCUACCACCAGAAGUAUUUGUUCAAGGUCCUAAUCCUCCUAAGAUUUCAUCCAAAGUUGAUGUUUGGAGUGUUGGUUGCAUCUUUUAUCAAUGUUUAUAUGGUCGAAAACCAUACGGUCAUAAUUUAUCUCAAGCAGCUAUAUUAGAAAAUCAAACAAUUUUAAAUGCUAAAGAAAUUCAAUUUCCUAAUCGACCUCAAGUAUCCAAUGAAGCCAAAUCAUUUAUUCGUCGAUGUUUGACUUAUCAAGUACGUGAUCGUCCCGAUGUUUUACAAUUAAGUGAAGAUGAAUAUUUGAAAUCUUAUCCAAAACGUACAACAGCUACAACUUCUUCGCCUCUUUUUUGUCCUAAAUAA